GCCAUUUCGUGCUGCAGUCUUAGUGAGUCAUCGGUGGAAAAGAGGGAGGAAGAUUUGGGGUGAAAUAUUGCUGUUAAAUGAGUCUGGACAGCAUGACAUCACGGGGUAAUUAAAAGCGCUUUCUGGAAUUCCGUUCCCAAUUCCUGCGCUCAGGUUUGCUGCAGGAUCUCUGGAGCACCUGCAGGUUGGUUGGUGUGUGAAAUAUUUUCACUGGACGGAGUUCAAACUUUUGGAGGAAAAGAGAAAAAACGGAGGCAGCGGCAUUACGCCAUUCUUGCCUCUCAUGGAAGAAAAAAAGUGGGAUUUAAAGAAGUUUCUUGCAGAUAUCCAGCAGAACAGCUCGGUGGAGUUUAACUGGUGUCUGAUCUGUUCCUGGCUGGAUCUGUCCAGCAGGAUGGUUCCUGCUCAAGGCAAAUGGAAGAAUAAACUUUGCAGGAAUUUUGUUUUAUUUGCAUCUUUUCUUUAAAAUGUUUUGUUAAUUUUUUUCUGUUUUUGAGAGAAUCAUUUUUUUUUUCCAGCAGAGCGCAGAGGCUGACCUGGGGAUGAAACUUCACAGGACUCUUUCUUCUGUUUUCAGCCAAACUUUUCAGUUAAUUCUGAAGUGACUUUCAGCUUUAUUACAAUGACGGUCUGCCAGCAGGCAACAGGGCUUUAGGAUGAACGUUGUAAAGCGUCUUUCUCUCCUGCUCUGCUGCUGGACUCUCAUCUACCUGCAUCCUGUCCGCGGUUCUCUCAGCCGGACCAGACUCCCCGAACACAGACUUGGGGAGGCGGUGGAGCGCACAGGAGGAGCCCAACGUGGGAUCGGGGUGUCUACGCCAGCUGCAGGGAGGCAGCAGAGCCCCGCCGCGGGAAGCUGGAAACCUGCGGCGCGAACCCGCGCAGGACAGCCGCUGAUUAAAGAGGAGACGACCCCGAAGAGAAGCAAGCAGGCUGCGGGGUCCCCAUCAGGGAACCGAGAGCAUCAGCAGCAGCAGCCAAACGGCGCGCUCAACCUGGGGCGUAAAGAGGCUGCGCGCUCCUGGGUCCCCGCUGCCGAUGCGCGCUUUAAACCGCACAUCUCCGCAGGCAUCAACGCACGUGCGGCUGUAGGAAGAGACUCACCGAAAGCCGCUGCCAAGGCGAGCGCAGCGGCUGCUGCGGCGCGCAGCGGCUUUCCACCUGCGGCGCAGCGCGGAGUCACCAACAGGAGGCAGAAACUGGGCGACAAGCAGCCGCUGGUGACCCCUCACGACUACAUGCUGUCCCUCUACUGGUCCCUGAGCAGCGGGGACCUGAACAGCAGCGCGCUGCAUGAGGCCGGCAUGGCCAACACCAUCACCAGCUUCGUGGAUAAAGGACACGAUGAUCGAGGGCCUGUCCUGCGCCGUCAGUGGUAUCAGUUCAACAUCAGCUCUUUGGAGCGGGACGGGCUCCUGGGUGCAGAGCUACGCAUCCUGAGGAAGCUGGUGUCUGACCCCCGCUUGGCUUUGGCGGGUCUCGCAGCAGGUGAAGAAAGAGGAAGAGGAGGAUCCAGCCCAGUCUUGAAGCUGCACACCUGUGCUUCAGGCAAACAGAAACCAGUUCUCCUCCAGACUAAGACCCUGGAGGAUCUCCUCAGUGGAUUCGGCACCAAAUGGGAAGUGUUUGACAUCUAUAAGGUCUUCAAGGGAUUCAAAAACCAGCAGGACCAGUUCUCCCAGCAGCUCUGCUUUGAGCUGGAGGCCCUGGAGCACAGAAGAGGUCGCUCUCUAGACCUGAGAACUCUUGGGUUCGCUCGAACCGGCAGGACCAACAAGGAGAAGGCUUUCCUCCUGGCAUUUGGGAGAAGCAAGAAGCGCGACCUCUUUUACAAUGAGAUCAAAGCCCGUUCAGGCCACGACAACAAAACCGUCUAUGAAUACCUGUUCAACCAGCGACGAAUGAGACGUGCUCCCCCACCAAGAAACUCCAAGAAGAUCUCCCGCCCCUCCCUGCAGAUCCCUCCUCAACACCAGGCGUCCAAGACUAGGCCUCGCUGCCACCGUCGGCGGCUCCACGUUAACUUUAAGGAGAUGGGCUGGGAUGACUGGAUCAUCGCUCCCCUGGAGUACGACGCCUAUCACUGCGACGGCGCCUGUGACUUCCCCAUUCGCUCGCACCUGGAGCCCACCAACCACGCCAUCAUACAGACCCUGAUUAACUCCAUGGACCCAGAUGCCACUCCACCCACCUGCUGUGUCCCGACUCGCCUCAGCGCCAUCAGCAUCCUCUACAUCGACUCUGCCAAUAACGUCGUCUACAAGCAGUACGAGGAGAUGGUGGUGGAGUCCUGCGGCUGCAGGUAGCAGAGACAGAAAACUGAGAAACGUCUUGUUUGUUCCAACCUUUCUGGAAAUCUGACAGAAAAAUCAUCACAGAGCAGUAAUUUCAGACCCACUGCUGUGCCACAGGCAUGACUCUUCCCACUCCAGUGGGCUAUCACACUGCAUACCAAAGGCUGCAAAGACUAAACACGGGAAGAUAGACCGAUGGAGAUUGUGCUCUUAAACACAGACUCACUAAAACUGUUGAUGUUGUCAGGAUGUGUCUGAGAGACGGCCCAAAACAAAAACAGGCCUGGACAGAAAAAAAGACUCUCCUCAGAUCUGUAUCAGAGCCGUGAUUGGUGGAAAAAGUUCUGAAGAAACAUUAAGGGAAUUAUACUCAGAACUGCCCCUUUUUUUCCAGCACUUAUCUGAUGGAGUCAUUUGUAAUCCUUAACCAAGACGUCUCUUUUUCUGUGAAGCAUGUGAAGAAUCUCUGAUGUUUAAAUACCAGCCAGUGAUGAAGUGCUAAUGUGACCUGCUCCAAAUGUGGGAAAGUUGUUUAGACUAGUCUUCAAUAAAAAAUUCCUGACUGACUGAGCUCCAAACUCCUAUCAGUGCACCCCCCCCCCAUCGAAAUGAUCUGCAGACUAAACUAUUAAAAGAAUCUUAAAGCUUCAGAUGCCAAAAUUACAGUUUAACACAAGAAUGCAUUUUUAUAACAUCUUUAUUUAUAACAUCCAUGUUUCACUACGAUCUAACAAAUUCCUACAGUUUCCUACUUUCAAUCUGCAUCAUGAACAUCCCCUGAGUCCUAAAUGUUAAGAAAACCCAGCACUGUAAAAGCUAAAUGAAUAAAACCACAUUUAAAAACUA